GAAUCUAUUACGAGGCUCGUUUGUUGUGUUUGUCUCGACUCGCGCUCUCUAGGAGAUUGGAAACAGGGGUUUGAGCUGGUUUAAAGGUUAAUUCACCUGUUGCUGUGUUCACAAAAAAAAAACAUGGAGAUAAAAACUUCCGUAAAAUGCACGGUCCCCUUGUCUCUGUGACGCUGCUGCAGUGGGGCCAGUGCCAAGAGCCACUGUUGCAACGGUCUUUCUUCUGCAGCCGUAGAGCCCUUCUCCUUCACUGGACAGGAGGAUCAGGCUGCAGGAGCUGAUCCAGAGCUUGUUCCACAGAUGGAUGCCUCUGCAUCUUGCUCCGUGGCUUUUCAGAAGUGAACUGACCAGAUCACCAGACUACGAGGGGUUUUCAUGGGGCAGGUCUCCAUGUGAUGGUGCGAUGACCAGACGAGGAGGUGUCCCGAGCAACCGUUGCCCCAGCGGCUGAUGACCCCAUUAGUUUGGCCUGGCAGGAUGCACAUGGCCUCAGUGGGCAUCAGCAAGUUCUGCUUUCUGUUCUCUGUGGCAUUUUGUUCUCUCCUCCUCCUGCUCAUACCAGCUCUCCAGAGCCCCCCGUCCCAGCUGGACUUGCCUCGACCUCGACCCCGCACCAGACUGCCCCCAGCUCAUCGGACACACCGUGCAAGGCUUCCAACAUCCACUGCCAGUCCUCUAAGGAACCUGGAAACUCAUGGACCACCCACUAGAACCCAACUUAGUGGGAGGAAAAGCCCCAGUCAACUUGCUGGGUCUAGGGAGGAUUUGAGAGGCAGUGAUGGAAGACGCAUGGGUUCACUGAUGGGAUACAGGUCCCCAGACACGUUGGAGCUGAGGGACAUUUUUAUUGCAGUGAAAACCACCAGGAAAUACCAUGAGUCAAGACUGCAGCUGUUGCUCCAAACCUGGGUGUCCCGAGCUAAGGAGCAGACGUUUAUCUUCACCGACGCUGAGGACAGAGAGCUGCAGCUGAGAGCAGGAGUUAACAUAAUCAACACAAACUGCUCUGCAGCGCAUAACAGACAGGCGUUGUGCUGCAAGAUGUCAGUGGAGUAUGAUAAAUUCAUCGAGUCCCAGAAGAAGUGGUUCUGCCACGUGGAUGAUGACAACUACGUGGUCCUGCCCAGCCUGCUGCGUCUGCUGUCCUCCUACCACCACAGCCAGGACCUGUAUCUGGGCCGGCCCAGCCUGGAUCACCCCAUCGAGGCUGCAGAGAGGAUCAGAAGCGAUGGAUCAGUGUCUGUCAAAUUCUGGUUUGCCACAGGUGGAGCAGGGUUCUGUAUUAGCCGAGGCCUGGCUUUGAAGAUGAGCCCGUGGGCCAGUUUGGGGAAUUUCAUCAGUACAGCGGAGAAGAUUCGCCUCCCAGAUGACUGCACCAUAGGGUACAUCAUCGAGGCUCUUCUGGAGGUGAAGCUGACACGCACACACCUGUUCCACUCCCACCUGGAGAACCUUCGGAAGCUGCCUCCUGACUCUGUCCUUGGUCAGGUGACGCUCAGCUAUGGCGGCUUAGAGAACAGAAGAAAUGUGCUCAGUGUUGUGGGGAACAUUUCACUGGCCGAGGACCCUACAAGGUUUAAGACCGUCCACUGCCUUCUGUAUCCAGACACUGAGUGGUGUCCAAGCAUCAAGGCCUGAACGGAGCUUCGGUAGACCUCUGCAGCUUCACCCUGACACUUUGCUGUAAACAACUCUGCAUCUGAAGCGGUCCAGGAUCAGUCCAAAAGCACGGCCAGGUGCACCCAGCAUCCUGGUUGCUGAACCGCACCACCAUUUAGAUCAGGUGUGGGGAAGCCUGGUUCUAGAGGGACAGUGUACUGCAUGCUGCGUGUUUUAGUUGUUUCCGUGCUCCUGCACUCCUGAUUUAAUUGUUGAUGGACUUGUUCAGGGGCCCAUUCAGCAGGCUUGCUGAACACUCAGUAAAGUUGUCCUGGGUUAAAAGGAACCACAGCCAGAUGGUCUCAAGGGAAUUUAGCCCGUUUAAAAAAACAGAAGGAUGCUCAAUUUAGGAAAUGGACCCCUGGUUAAAUCAUGUUUACAGCAAAGUGACCGGAGCCGUCUCUAUUGGUCACUGGAGCGAGACUAAAUGUGGUGUAACCAUCGACAUGUAAAAAGGAUGGGCGUACCCCGUCCACUGGUGUGCAGGGGGCAGGUUUGAAACUGAAUGGGAGGUUCCCACCACUACCAUCUGGACCAUGUCACACCCAGACGGUCCAAAAAUGGGAAAAGAGGUGGAGCUGAGGGUGGAGCUGUUGCGGUUGGAACAAAUGAACCAGUGUAGAUACUAGCUAACUUAUGGGCCAUUCCCAUCUGUACCGGGUCGGCCCGGGCCGGGUAGCGUAGGUUGUUUACAUAUCUGGGUGGCCCGGUAUUGUUCCGGGCCAACCAAGGCUCAUUCUCAGCCCUCUUCCCGAGGGGUACUGCUUCAGGCCGACCAGGGCCAACACACCCACUGCUGACAGCAAAUUCACACCUUCCAUUAGAGCAAGCCUCUGAUUGGUGGGUAGAAUCAGCCCACAUGGGCUUAAGGCAAGGAUGUGUGGAAUCAACCGGGCCAGGCUGGGGCCGACUGGGGCUACCCGGCCCGGGCCGACCCGGUACAGAUGGGAAUGGCCCACUAGCUGGAAAAAUGUUGCCUGCUCUGAUGAGUCUUAAUUUCUGUUGAGACAUUC